AUGUCCACUCCGCCCGUAGACCCGCUCUCGGCCGUGGAAAGCGGGCCCCAGUCGCACUAUUUCCAGCUGCCCAGAAAGUUGCCUAAACGCAAGAGCCGCUUCAAACGCUCGGAUGGCAGCACGUCUUCGGACACGACGUCGAGUUUCAUUAAACGGCAGGGGUCGGCUGAAUCCUACACCAGCAGACCAUCCGAUUCCGACCUGUCAGCGGAGGAGGACCGCGAGGCGUACCGGCGUGAGGCCGAGCGCCAGGCGCAACUUCAGCUCGACAGGGCUAAGUCCAAACCUGUAGCGUUUGCAGUCAAGACCAAUGUGAAUUAUUGUGGCGCUCUGGAUGAGGACUGCCCUGUACAAGGAGCUGCAGUCAACUUUGAUGCCAAAGACUUCCUGCACAUCAAAGAAAAGUUCAGCAACGACUGGUGGAUCGGCCGACUGGUCAAAGAGGGAGCCGACAUCGCCUUCAUCCCGAGCCCGCUGAGAUUGGAGGCGAUGAGACUCAAACAAGAGCAGAAACAGAGAAAAACGGGGGGCAACUCCUCGAGUUUAGGAGACAUGGUGACUGGGAGCUGGAGGACCACACCACCAUCUGCAGGUGAAUCUAAACAGAAGCAAAAACAGGAACACGUCCCUCCAUACGAUGUGGUGCCCUCCAUGAGGCCGGUGGUCCUCGUGGGACCGUCGCUCAAAGGUUAUGAGGUUACAGAUAUGAUGCAGAAAGCCCUUUUUGACUUCCUGAAACACAGAUUUGAAGGAAGAAUCUCAAUCACCCGUGUCACUGCCGACCUGUCUUUAGCCAAGAGAUCUGUCCUCAAUAAAAGACCCAUAAUGGAGAGGUCCAACACUCGCUCCAGUUUGGCGGAGGUUCAAAGCGAGAUCGAGAGGAUAUUUGAACUGGCCAAAACGCUGCAGUUGGUGGUUCUGGACGCGGACACCAUCAACCAUCCCGCGCAGCUCACCAAAACCUCCCUCGCACCCAUCGUUGUUUACGUAAAAGUCUCCUCGCCAAAGGUGCUCCAGAGGUUGAUCAAGUCCAGGGGGAAGUCUCAGAGCAAGCACCUGAACGUGCAGAUGAUGGCUGCAGACAAACUCGCUCAGUGCCCGCCUGAUUUGUUUGAUGUCAUUUUGGACGAAAACCAGCUGGAGGACGCUUGCGAGCAUUUGGCCGAGUACCUGGAGAUCUACUGGCGGGCCACUCAUCUCCCAGGCACUACCCCUCUCAAUCCUCUUUUAGAGCAGAGUCCGAUGAGCCCGCCAUCCGCCAACUCCAGCCUGCAGAACAAGAACCAGCCGCAGCCUGGGGAGGCAGCGGGUUCGGAGGCCGAGGCGCAGGAAGGGCAGGAGGAGGAAGACGAGGCGGGCGAAGAGACCCUGUCCCCCUUAGAGCAGGACAGUCUCAUGCCAUCAGACGAGGCUAGCGACUCCCUGUCUCAUGGCCAGAGGGGGAGUCCAUCCCAGAGGGAGGGAGAAGACGACGAGGAAGAGGACGAGUACGCCUCUCCGUGCCACGGCCGCACGUGCAGGGGUAUGUACCCCGCGCACCGGGGACACGGCGUCGGGCACAACGCCAACAGCCACGAGUCGCAGGACAGGCUGCUUCAGAGUGAAGCCCAGCAGGGUCACAACCACAGAAACAACCGCCAGCGCAGUCGCCCCUGGCCUCGAGACACCUACUGAGGAAUCCACAAGUGCAGGUCUAUUUUUAGAGCUUCAUUUUAUUUCCACCGAGGGGGACAUUUUGACAUCUUCUGGGCGAUUGUCAGAUUGUCAACAGGGCUACUCUGCGAUGGAAUGUCUCUUCAGGCAAACUUGUGCUGCUUUGCCUGCGUUUCUCUCUUGUAGUACGUCUCCAUAUACAGUAUACUGGCCUUAAAGCGAACCCCGUUUAGGUAUCUUUACUGUUGCAUGUGUGACUAGAGUAUCAUUAUUUUGAGGCGAUUUGCACAUUGAUGCCAGAACAGGGGCCGAAUGAUCUUUACGGCGAAUCCAACGUAGGAAUGUUUACUGUUGAAUCCACAGACGGGAGACACUAAUGCAUUUUCACAUGAUGUAAAUACGGAAUGGGCACGGAGUUGAGUCCCAUCGCUUCUUGAUUCGGUCGCUCGUUUCAGAUCCACGCCGCCGCCCGCGUUUUGUCGUCAACUUGGGAGACAACGAAUGGCGCGUCGCGAGAGCGGAGCUGCAGUACAUAUGUACAUACGACCCUUUCGCCGCCAGUGCAUCGCACAAUCACUUUGCAAACACCUCGAAAAAGCUGAAGGGCACAGAGAAUGUAAAACAAAAAAAAAAGGUGAAUGUCGGUGCCCAAAUUGCUUGUUUACGACACGCUGGGCAGCGGUGGCCUCCGAGAAUGUUCGUCUGCAUGCCUCUGCACCGCCCCCGUCAUCCGAUUGUAGCACAUUCUUUGAUUGUAGCAUCCCCCAGUUUUCACACCCGUCGUGCACCGCAGUUUCCCCACGGCCGACCCUCAGGUGUCCCUCGGCUCCACGUGACAAGCGCGCGGCGAAGGGCUCGCAGCUUGUAGCACCUUCCCGUGACACGACACGACGUCAUUGCAUUCUUACGCUGCGAGCAUCUCGCGGGGUUCGUACCGGCUGACUUAAGGAUUUACUUGUUUACUGCUUCUACGUCGCAUAUGUAUCUUGUGUUUGUGUGUAUAUUUUGAAGAGAGAAAAAAAAAAGCAUGAUUGAGAAAAAAAACAAAGACAAAAAAACUAUGCAAGUGCUGCAUGAAUUCUGAUUCUUUUGAAGUAUUUCAGUAAUGCAUCGUUUCUGGUUUUGCCCGUUCUAUUGCAUUGAUAGUCGUCUUUGUGGCGGCUUCCUUCUCCGCUUACCGCAGAAAGCGUUCCAGCUCACCCUCACAAGUUCAAGUUGAGCUCGGCACUCACUUGACGGCACUUUGAAAGUCCUUUGCUCGGAACGGUCUCCAGAUCAGAUUGAUGUCCUGCAUGUCUGAGCUCUCCAAUUAGCUAUUUUCAUUCUAUUUUUGCCAGAGUGGACCAACGAUUGGACGACUGAUGAAGCAGUUGAGGUAUAUUUCCAAUUUAUGAAGCACAAUUUUUACAAGGUUAUCAUUUCCUUUCCUACGUCUUAUUCUGUAUGCAAUACUAAGCCUAAAAUUGAAAAAAAAAAAUGAAACGCCUUACACCAUCUGGACUUCCUCUUCAGUAUGAGUACAAAAAAAAAAGGGGGGGGGGGAUUGCACUACUUUUUUGGGGAGAUGGUUGCUUUGUAAUGCAAUAACUGCACUAAAUCUGACAGUGUACCCGGCGCACGAUUGCGGCGUCCUAGCGUAACACAACAAGCCUCUUCCCGCUCCCGUUCACAAGGUGUACAAAGUGAGACA